AUGUAUGCUUCUACUUCCUUUACUUCACAACUCCUCCAUGAGCUUCUUGUGGAAUCUCACACAAGAAGGUUACUCUUUCAAGGCCCAGUUGAUAAUCAACCACUAGCCAACUCCCCAGUUCUCACACAUAAUCAUAAUUCAACCGACUCGUAUUUCGGAAUUCGUGAAUUUGAUGCAAAUGUUGUGAUGAUACUUGCAGUCCUAUUGUGUGCUCUUAUUUGCUCACUUGCUUUAAACUCCAUCAUAAGGUGUGCUUUAAGAUUUUCAAACGUAGCCAUCAACAACAACGGCUCUUCUUCGAGUUCGAGCAGCAACUCUUCGCCUCAAUCGGUCAACAAAGGAAUCAAGAAGAAAGCUCUCAGAACAUUCCCAACAGUGAGUUACUCAACCGAGUUGAAACUACCAGGUUUGGAUACGGAGUGUGUGAUAUGCAUCUCAGAAUUCACAAAGGGUGAAAAGGUGCGCAUAUUGCCGAAAUGCAACCAUGGUUUUCAUGUUCGUUGCAUUGACAAAUGGCUAAAGGCACACUCAUCAUGUCCCAAGUGUAGACAGUGUCUUCUUGAGACUUGUCGAAAGAUCGUUGGAUCGGAAGCACCACCUAUGUUGCCAGUUUCAGAAACUAUUAUUAGGAUUCAGCCACUAGAUGCUGAAGCUCUUGUACGUAACUAUAGAGAAGAAAGUUGA